GGGAGUCACGGGGAUCGGUGGCGAGGCCUCAAGCACUGAUGGCCCUGUUGAAGCUGCAGAUAGAAGCAUAACAUCAGCAGAUACAGUUCUUGGUGUCCUAAGGACUGUGGAGAAGCUUCUCAUCUGAUGAGAUUCUACUUUGCAGUUCAUUCCAGCUUUUGAGAGAUUGAAUCUGUCAGGACCUGCAGCAAAACAACUCCACAAGAAGAGGCACCUACAGAACAAAGAUGAUUAUCGGGAAAGGUUACAGUGCUGCUAACACCAGCAAUGGAACAGAUCUAGCUAUUGGUUUUACUUCUUCUACAGUAGCUGUCCUUCUGUUUGGGACAAACUUUGUGCCUGUUAAGAAGUUUGAUACCGGUGAUGGCAUGUUCUUCCAGUGGAUUCUCUGUGCCUCCAUAUGGAUGGUUUCUUUGGUGGUCAAUUUGAUCCAGAAUUGCCCCCGGUUUUGGCCUCUGGCAAUGGUUGGAGGCUUUGUUUGGGCCACAGGCAAUAUUACAGUUGUUCCUAUUCUUAAAACUGUUGGCUUAGCUCUUGGUCUUUUGAUAUGGGCUUCUUUUAAUUUGCUGACAGGUUGGGCAAGUUCAAGGUUUGGUUGGUUUGGAAUUGACCCAGAAGAGGUAUCAAGACCAAUAUUAAAUUAUAUUGGAGCUGGACUUUCAUUAUUAAGUGCUGUCAUAUUUCUUUUUAUAAAAACUGAAGUCCAGAGUUCUUCAGCUUCAUUAGAAAGCACACCUUUACUGAGAGAAAGUUCAAUUAAUGUUUCUGAAGAUACCUCUGAUGACUCAUGGGUGAACAGACUUUCACCAGCAAAAAAGAGGCUCAUAGGCUGUAGCCUGGCUGUAGUAGCUGGAAUACUGUACGGUUCCAGUUUUGUACCAGUACUGUACAUCAAGGACCAUGGAAGAAGAAAUGGAACUAUAUACACAGGAGCAAGUCAGUUUGAUUUAGAUUAUGUUUUUGCACACUUCAGUGGAAUAUUUCUUACAAGUACCAUCUACUUUUUGAUCUACUGUGCAGUCAGGAAAAAUAAACCUAAUGUUUAUCCCCAAGCCAUAUUGCCAGGGUUUCUUUCUGGUGUGCUUUGGGCGAUAGCCAAUUGCUGCUGGUUCAUAGCCAAUCACUAUCUCAGUGCUGUCGUCAGCUUUCCAAUAAUUACUGCAGGGCCUGGCCUGGUUGCUGCAAUGUGGGGAGUCCUUGUAUUUAAAGAAAUCAAGGGACUGAAAAACUACGUGUUACUGUCAUUAUCGUUUUGCAUCAUUUUGGCUGGAUCGCUUUCCACAGCUUUUUCUAAAGUUUGAAAGGACCUUCUGGACCAGUAGAUGGUGCUAAUGUUUAACACAAAUAGAAAGACAAUGUUGGUAGAUUUGCAAUACAUAAUAAUUUUCAACAUGUAUGUCUAACAUUUACCCUAACUUGCUUCAGGCAAGUGAAGAUUAAAACCAUUUGGCAUGAAAGAAAA